ACAUAGGUGGAAGGGGCCUGUUCACCAAAGAAAUAGAUGAGGCCCUCAUAAACAGUGAAAUUGACAUUGCCGUCCAUUCAAUGAAAGACGUGCCUACAUAUUUACCUGACAAGACUAUCCUUCCAUGCAACCUUCAACGUGAGGAUGUCAGGGAUGCUUUUAUAUCCUUGACUGCAUCGUCAUUAGCUGAUUUGCCUGCUGGAAGUGUUGUUGGCACUGCUUCCCUCAGAAGAAAGUCACAGAUACUCCAUCGAUAUCCAUCCCUAAGUGUGCAGGAAAAUUUCCGUGGCAAUGUCCAAACAAGAUUAAGAAAACUCAGUGAGGGGGUUGUCCAGGCUACAUUAUUGGCAUUAGCUGGACUCAAACGCCUAAAUAUGACGGAAAAUGUGACAUCAACCCUAUCAAUUGAUGACAUGCUUCCCGCUGUUGCCCAAGGUGCAAUUGGAAUAGCUUGUAGAAGUGAUGAUGAUAAAAUGGCAGAAUACCUUGCGUCAUUAAAUCAUGAAGAAACAAGACUGGCAGUUGCAUGUGAAAGGGCCUUCCUUGAGACCCUGGAUGGGUCUUGCCGUACUCCCAUUGCUGGAUAUGCUUGCAGAAAUAAGGAUGGUGAUUGUUUAUUUAGAGGAUUAGUUGCUUCUCCUGAUGGAACUCGCGUUCUUGAGACGUCAAGGACGGGUCCAUAUGCUUUUGAAGAUAUGGUGAAGAUGGGCAAGGAUGCUGGGCAGGAACUUCUUUCUCGGGCUGGUCCUGGCUUUUUCAGUAGUUAACCCCUUGGAUUAAACGAUGACCAAAUACAGAGAUUUCUAUGUCAGUUUUAGGUAAUUGCAUGCCAAGUUAAUUCAUUCUUUGACCUGUUGUAACUUAAGAAAAUGAUUGUGUUCAGUUGAGUGCAAAAGUGAACCGCUCAGAAGGUUCCCCCCUUUUUUGGGUUAUUCCACGAAUAGGUUCAAACUGUUGUACCUUUAGGAGAUUGGAAAUCCAAAUUUUGUAAUGUGAAUAAUUAUCUUCUGCCUAUAUAUUAUUCAGUCAAGUAUCAAACUUGAGAUUAUUCUAAG